CGCCCCUAAGGGGCGCGUCCUGGCGCAGCCGGCGGGGCGGGAUCGGGGCUGCCGGCGGCUCGCUCGGCUCUGCUCCGCCCGUGGCAUCGCUCCCGGGGCUCGAACCUCGCUCCCGGGGCUCGAACCCCGCUCGGUGCUCCCUUCCCCACGCCGUCUGACUGCGCUGCCGGAGGUGGAACCUCUCCGCAGCUCCCUGGGCGAGGCGAGGCUGGAGAGACGGGGACGGAGUCGCUGUGAAGAAGCGGAGCGAACGGAGGAGGGCCGGGAUGAAAUUCAUCGCUGCUUGUUACGUGCUGCCUCUCUUCCCUGCUCUGGUCUUUAGCACUAGACAGGGCUAUGAAGAACUGGAAAGACAGCUGAAAGAAGUCUUUAAGGAGAGGAGCAAUAUACUUCAUCAACUGUCAAAGACUUCUAAAGAACUUCAGGGAAUUAAAGUAAACCUUCAGUCUUUAAAAGAUGAUGAAGCAUCAACCAAAAAUAAUGUACAGAAACUUCUGGAACUGGGCCAAAACCAAAGGGAAAUGAAAUCUCUCCAGGAAGCUUUUCAAAAGCAGCUUAAUGAGGCAGCUGAGAAAGCAGAGAAGCAGCAGGCUACCAUUAACUUUUUGAAGACUGAAAUGGAAAGGAAGAGCAAAAUGAUACGAGACCUCCAAAACGAGAACAAAAGCCUCAAAAACAAGCUCUUGUCAGGAAACAAGCUUUGUGGUAUGCACGCAGAAGAGUCAAAAAAGAUUCAAGCCCAGCUGAAAGAGCUUCGUUACGGGAAAAAGGAUUUGAUUUUUAAGGCACAACAGCUAACAGAUCUGGAGCAAAAACUAUCAGUUGCAAAAGACAAACUGGAAAACGCAGCCCUCGACAAAGAGUCACAGCUGAAAGCUCUGAAGGACACUGUGCAGCUUUGCCUGUCUUCUGUUCUGCGCAGUGAGCCUCCAGCAAUGAAUCUUAUCUCUUCAAAACCAGCUGAGAAGCUGACUUCCUCAAAUGCAAAGGGCUCCAAAGCUCCAUUUCAAGUGACAAGCACCAAGGUCUGGCAAAAUGUCUCAGCAGGGAAAGAGAAUUUUCAUGUGGCCUUGAAAAAGGAAGAAAAUCAAAGCACCCAGGAGUGUGAUUCUCAAGAUGUUGCCAAGACAUGUUCGGGGAAUCGUAAUGAUUCAACAUCUCGUUUGAAAGCAGCAGAAACAGGGACAAGCUUUCAGAAGUUUCACAGCCCUCCAUGGACUGCACCUGAAGAUAAAAAAUCACCUGAAAAAAAGGAGAAAAAAUACGAAGAAUCAGUUAGUACACCAGAAAAAAAACUCUAAAUGCUACUAAUCUACAUUGAAAAAUGCCAAUCACUUCCAUACUCAUGUUCUGUUAGCACAAAGGCAUGAAAUGUCCCAGGUUUCUAAAGCAUGGAUUUUUCACAAUUUUAUGAAUGUCUGUAAAUUAGUCUAGAACAGACCAAUUAGUACCUUACAGCAAUAAUCCAAAAUGGAUGUUUGAAGAAAUGCUUUGUAAUGCAGUCCAGUUUCUGAAUUCUUGUCCUACCUUAUCAGUAAUUGUAUACUAUAAAUUACCUUCUUUGUAAACAACAGUCAUUCUCAAGUAUAUUUCUCAGUCUGUUUUAUUUCAUGUAAUUUUGUGGCACAUUAGGUUCUAAUAUAAAGGGGCAGUAAGUGUGUGUAGGGGGGAAGAUAACUGUGUAACCACAUUUGAAGUACAAUCCUUAAGUGCAACUGUAAAAAGAGAACUGUGUGCAUGGGGGUCCAUGUAUACUUACCUUUUAGUAAUUCCAUCUCCAAUCUACUUACUUACACAAUAAAAUAUGUUUAUUUUGUUCUUUUUUUCCUCA